UCUCGGAUAGUCCUCUUCGCUUUGUUGGCUGAUUCUUUUUUAGCAUCUGAAGAUUUGCAGAAGCAAACGAGUGAUUUCUCUCCGCUUAAUUGAAUUUCCUGCCAAUUCUCACCCUAAAAUCCGAAUAAGUUCACUUCAUUGUCCAAUUCACCGAGGAAGGAAUAUGACGAAGGAAUUCGCUGUUCCGCCGGUGAUAUUUCCCUCCGGCGGGAACCCCGCAGGCGGCAGUCUUCAGCAACGGCGGGCCCCUACGGUUCCGUUUCAGCCCCCGCGGCCAUCCGCUUCCUCCGCGAUUCCUUUCAUGUCCUUCGAUAUUGGCUCUGCCACUGCAGGCGCUUCCUCCUCCGCUCCAUUCGGAGGUACCAUCCACUCAUCCUCUUCGUCCUCGCUGGGCCCCGCAUCCUUCGAAGACGAGGAGCCUCUCCUUGACGAGCUCGGCAUCCAUCCUGAUCAAAUCUGGAGGAAAACCAAAUCUAUUCUCAAUCCUUUUCGGGUCAACCCGAAUGUUCACAAGGACUCGGAUCUCUCCGGCCCUAUAUUUCUCUACCUCGCACUUUGUCUGUUCCAGUUGCUCGCGGGGAAGAUUCAGUUCGGGGUCAUCCUGGGCUGGAUCGUGGUGUCUUCAAUCUUCCUCUACGUCGUGUUCAACAUGCUGGCUGGGAGGAACGGGAACCUGGAUCUGCACACAUGUACGAGCGUGAUUGGUUACUGUAUGCUGCCCGUGGUGAUUCUAUCGGCCGUCUCCUUGUUCGUUUCACAGGGAAGCGGGGUGGCGAGGUUCUUGAUGGCAGGAGCCUUCGUGGUGUGGGCAACCAGGGCAUGCACGAACCUGAUGGUGGCACUGGCCGAUGGAGGGGAGGAGCACCGUGGGUUGAUUGCGUACGCUUGUUUCUUGAUUUAUACUUUGUUUUCUCUUCUCGUUAUAUUUUAGCUGCCACUUGUGUUUUUUUUGUGCUCAUUUCUAAUAAUAGAGAAUCUUAUACGGAUAGCAAAUAGAUGGGUCUAACUGUUAUUAGUUGGAUAUAUUAGCAUGGUAUGAAUCGUGUGAUGGAUGGAGGUUUUGGGGAGAUAUAAAGUAUUCUACACUUGUAAAUGAACAUUUUGAUAUGAUUAGAGUAAUCUAUUGUAUUUGAAUUUUCCUUUUUUAA